GUUUUAUGCUGGCCGAUCAAGGUUAUGACGUAUGGAUGGGGAAUUUUCGUGGCAAUGUGUAUUCGAAAGAACACGUGGAACUGGACGCCACACAAAGCAAUUUCUGGCAAUUCACGUGGCAACAAAUGUACAAAUAUGAUUUGAGUGCAAUGAUCGAUAAAGCACUUCAAGUGACCAAUCAAUCGUACGUCUAUUACGUUGGUCAUUCGCAGGGCACACUAACAAUGUUCGCAAAACUUGCCACCGAACCGGAAUUCAACGCAAAGGUGAAGAAAUUCUUCGCGCUUGCACCAGUCGCCAGUGUUGGACAUAUCAGAGGAUUGCUGCAAUCGUUGGCGGCCAGCAGCUAUAUGUAUAAGAGCAUUGAGAUAGCGAAUGCAAUGGGCUUAGAGGCAUUCACACCAGACAACGAAAUACUAAAGCAGACUCUGGUGUUGCUCUGCGGGACGGGUGUACCGCGAGUAAUGUGUAGCAAUUUCGUCUUUAUGAUGACCGGACCUGAGAGU